GUCAGGUGGACGGUUUAGUCCGCGAACAACAAGGAACACAAGGGCACCGGGAACCCCCCAAAAAAUUACCGUUUUGUCUUAAUAUUUGAAACUUGUGCAAUUGAUAAUUUGUCGCUGAUAUCAACGAAAUGGUGACAAGACAGCUCCUUUGUCUUUUGAUACUGUUAGUGUGUUCUUACAGGAGUUUCGCCGAAGAGGAUGAUGACACUAUUUCUGUUGAAGCUCCAGAGUUUCCUGUACAAGAGCGAACAGCAUCGGGUAGAAAUAUCGACUGGACCCAGAAAUCGGCACCUGGGGGCACGUGUCUGAUGUUGCAGGGUGAAGUCGGUCGUUGCACCACGUUCAAGGAGUGCUAUCCUUACUUCAAGAUACCCAAUCUAGGGUCGCUGGAUGGGUGGGUCCUCGGGGUUUAUGACACGUGCAGUUAUACACGUGAGGACGGACGCAUAGGCUUUGGAGUGUGUUGUGGUGGAGGUCCACUGACCUUGCCAAAACCUGUGGCACAAGGUGGACCCAUCGUCGAGGAACCACAGGAUGUCGAGGACAGCAAUAACAAAAAAGAUUCACCAGCAAGUUGGCCACCACCUGUUCCCACCCAUCCUCCUCACCACACGAUACCCCCCCUGCCCACCCAUCCGACACUUUCAUCACCAGGAGUCAUCACAUCUCGUCCAGUGUUGGUGACGACAUCCAGAAAACCCUCAGCCACAACCUGGCCAACGAAAAAACCGGCCUGGUGGCCAGGAGCAUCCACUCCAAAGCCCCUCACCACAACUUCCAUGAUGCUAAGUUCAUCAGAAUGUGGAGCAAAAAAUGGAAAACAGGAUCAGGACAGAAUUGUAGGUGGACAAAAUGCUGAUCCUGGUGAAUGGCCUUGGAUUGCUGCUCUCUUCAACGCUGGAAGACAGGUCUGCGGAGGAUCUCUCAUUGAUGAUAAACACAUUCUCACAGCAGCUCAUUGCGUCGCUCACAUGAAUUCCUGGGACGUUGCAAGGCUGACAGUUCGCCUCGGUGACUACAACAUCAAGACUAGCACGGAAAUUCAGCACGUAGAGAGACGAGUCAAGAGGGUUGUCAGACACAAAGGAUUCGACCCCAGGACUCUGUACAAUGAUGUAGCAAUUCUGACUCUCAAUGAACCCAUUGAGUUCUCAGAGAUGAUUCGACCGAUUUGCCUUCCUGGAGGCUCUCAGCUGUACGUGGGUAAAACGGCAACAGUCAUCGGAUGGGGCUCCCUCAGAGAGAGUGGGCCCCAGCCAGCAGUUCUUCAGGAAGUGGCCAUUCCGGUUUGGCCUAAUAGCGAAUGCAAACAGAAAUAUGGAGCUGCUGCUCCUGGAGGCAUCGUUGACAGCUUUCUAUGCGCUGGAAGAGCAGCGAAGGACUCUUGCUCGGGAGACUCUGGGGGACCAUUAAUGGUGAACGAUGGCAGAUGGACGCAAGUAGGAAUCGUCAGUUGGGGAAUUGGAUGUGGUAAAGGGCAGUAUCCAGGUGUCUACACGAGAGUCACCCACUUCCUUCCCUGGAUAUAUAAAAAUCUUAAAUAAUUUAUCAUCCCACCUCCAACAAUUCCUCCUUUAUUAUCUCGUAGUAAUGUCACUCCCAUCAACGGUGAGAAUCGAGGCUCCAGGUGAAAAUAAAAUAAUUGUUGCUCAUUUAUUAAUAAAAAUCACAUUCAUUAACUAGAUUCUCCAGAUUUCUUUGUAUGACAAAGAUAAAUAGUUCUAUUAGAUGUUGCAACAAUCAAUAACGAAAAAUAUGAAACACUGGGGAAUUGAAAAUUGUACAAAAUUAUCGUUAUGAUUGCAGCUACACUAAUUAUAUAUUACAAGUAGAUCAAUAUUUACAUGAGGAUAUCAGUUUUCAUUCGAUUUAAUAAUGACGAGGUGAAUUAAUUCUCGCAGCUGCUGACGUUCAGGUGUUGAAGAAUGUUUCGAGCUGAAAUGAUAAAAAAUUAUGAAAGAAAAAAUAUAAAUAUACGGUAUAUAAACGAAAAUUAAUAAAUUGGAAUGUUCUUUUUAGGAAAAAAAAAAUAAAGAUGAACAAAUCCUUAGACAAAUCGUCAGGUAUAAAUUAUUUAGUUGUAAAAAAUUAAUUCAACUGUUUCAAUAAAUGCGCAAAACGAAA